AUGACUACACAAGAAUUUAAAUCUGAAGAAGAAAAAUCUGAGUCUUUGAUAGUAAAAGAUGAAGUGGCUAAAGAAAACACAUUGUGUCCUCUAAAAAUGGGGCCACCUUUGAUGACAAAGGUGCCUAAAAGAUGCACGAAACCGUAUAGGCUGAAAUGUUCAUUUAUAUGUGACGUCUGUCGUAUAACUUUCUUGGAAAAUCAACAGCUGAAACACCAUAUAAGACGGAUACAUUUCAACCUUAAAGCCACAACGCCUCAUUACGAAUUAAAAUCAGUAAACCAAGUAUGGUACGAGAAGGUUAUGAACUCCCACGAAUUAAUAGAGAUAAAGAAAACUGGGCAAAAUACAUUGGUAAUGAAAAAAUCGGAACCAAAUUGUACUGUCCAAAUCGCUGAAGUGGAUAACGCGAACGCGAUGGACUUAUCGUAUUUAUACCCAACGAGCUAA